CCUGCUCUGAGGGGACUCGGCGCCGCCAUUGGCGCGGCGGCUGCCGGCCGGGGCCGCGUCGACUCUUGCCGCCGCCUCCCUCUCCUCAGACAAGCGGGGAAAGCGGCUGCCGGCAGGGGUGAGAGAACCUGGGCUGCUCCUGGCCGGAGGGCUGGGGUAAACCACGGGAAAAAGGCGCUGAGGUGCCCCGUUGGGGCUGCCUGGAGGGGUUUUGUGGGCGCCCAGCGGGGUCUGGAGUCAGAGCUUCGCUCCGAGCCUGAGGGGUUUCGCUGGCUGAGAGGAAGCGAGGUUUGUGGCUGGGGACUGGUGUGGAGAAGGGAAACCUUGUCCCUGUGCGCUGAGACCUCCUUGUGGCCAUGGGCGUGAUUCGAGGACUUCUCUGCAGGUGGAGAGACCUGGAUUAAAAAUGAAUCCCCCAGCAGAACUGAGCAGGGCUGGCAGCAUGAGGAUGGAAGUUAGGAGGGAAAGCUCAGUGACGUGGUGGCCCGACUGCAGGGAAGUAGACUUGGGUGCUUGUUCCUGCUCGCAAGGGUGCAACAUAACUUCAAUAAUCAUUCAGUUUAAUCCCCAGUAGCGCAGCCCCAGGGAGGGUUAAAAGUGAAGUCAAGGAAACCGUAGACUGUCAUAUCUUGGUAAACAAGGGGAUGUGAGUUUGAAUCCUCUUGGAUUUGGGUUUUGGGCUUCUUGGGAGUGUGUUGUAGGCAUUGGGCAGGAGAAAGUUCAUGCCUCGCAUUGCUCUCCUCUUCAAGAAUGAGCCACUCCUGCAAAACUAAAUACCCUUGUUCAGGGACAGGUUUUAUACUCACAAACUAAACUUUGGAUUUUUCUAACCGUACCUCCGAAACAAUUUCCAUCGCAGCCUUUCUCUCCCUCUUUCCUAUCCCUGUGCUGUUCAGCAGCCUUUCCGUGACAAAUCCCAUUCAGGCGGCGCAGUUUGACAUUGUGCCCCAUCCAGUGCAAUGGCAAGCUGCUACGGAACCUGCACCUCACCUCCCACGUGUAGCGACUUGAGCAAUUUAGCUCCCGCUCUGCCCUUCCAGGCUUCUCAUAUCGCAUUGCCAGCUGCCCAGAGCCGUCCUCCUGAGUGCUCUGUUUGGGGCUGCCUGCAGGCGCUCCAUGAAACUCGUACCAACCCGGGAAAAGACUGGCUUUUGCACGUGAUUGUUUGCACUGCCGGGCUGGGCUGUCUCAUGAGCGAAGCUUUCAUGGCUGAUAGACUUCCUGUUAUUCUGGCAAUUUAAUAUCUCUAUUAAGGAGGACUGACAUUGCUGCUGGCUGGUUUCAAAUUCUUAGCCAGAAGGAUUGAGGGAGCAGGUGGAAUAUUUAUGUUAUGCUGAUUUCCAGUGCACAGUGACGUUUUAGCUGGAUGAUGAGUGAUUUUCCUCUUAACAGGGAGCUACAGCAAGCUUUUUUAUGCAUCUGUAUAAAAACAAACAGCAAAAACCCCACUAAGCUUCCACCCUAGUGGAAGGUAUCUGUGCCCGUGGCAGGGGGGUUGGAACUAGAUGAUCUUUAAGGUUUAUUCCACCCCAAACCAUUCUGUGAUUCUAUUAAAAACUUCAUUGCAAAGCUGGAGUUGUUUUUUGUGAUUGAGGUGAGACCUGAUUCUGACUGUGUUCAGUUUGCGGACUGUAGGCUAACUUUUCUUUAGUCACUUACAGUUUUAACUUAUCUGUAAAUUUCUCCAGAGUGUUUUCUUCUUUUCCACCUCUUUCCUUAGCUCGCUUAUUGCUUCUCUGGCUGCAGGACUCCUAAAGACCGUUCUUUUUCUACUGGCACCUGAUUUCUAGUGGUGAGUGGAUUCUGUGCCUGUUUUCAGGCACGUGUGUCUUCCAGCGAGGACUGGAUUAACUGACGCAACCUUUCUUUAGUAGCCUUCAGAUUACAUCAAUUGUUAGGUUAAAACCAACUGGAGUCAUCUCGGUACUGGUGAGCAAGGCUUCCUGUUGCCUUGUGUCUGGACUUCCAGCUCACCCAAGCUGCCAGCGCUGGUGUGUUGGAGCAGUGAAGAAAUAGUCAGGAAGCCAAAUCCGCUUACAGUUAAGAGCCAGUAGGUUGCUUGAAACUGAAUUCCUUACGGCGUGAAGGUGAUGAAGAUGUUCUGCAGAACAGUGGUUGGGCCUUCAUGGGAUCGUAUUCCUGACAGAAUUAUACACUAUUAGUAGGAAAAUGUUGUGAGUAAAAGUCAAAUCUUGUAAAUUCAGCUGUAUUGCAGCCUGUGGCAUCUGUAGAUACCCUGACUUUCCUUCCCAAGGUGGGGACUGGUACAAAGGAAAGGGAAGUGAUUCAAACUUCAGUACAUGUCUUCUGGAAAUGCAUCCCUUCCUCCUGAGCCCGGGGUAGCAGGUCAGAAUGACGGAGCUAUUCUCCAGUAACUUACAGCUUCCAAAAGUUUUCAAGUGGUACCGUAAGGAUCCUGACUUUGCAAAUGUGGUACCUGACCCUGCAGUGAGGAGUGUUUGUUUUGGGGGAAAGAGUAUUUUGGUCAAAAAUCUGUCGGAGAAUUCCCAUUUGGGAGGAAUUUACAGAAAGAAUCUCUUAAAAUUGUUGCUUGUUGUUCUGAGUAGAAGUGAGAAGCGUUUGAGUGAUAAACACUUUUGUUACAGACAAGACAGAAUCCCGCAGAAAGAGGCGUUGCAGUCGCUGGAGAACACGCUCCCUACGUCUUGGGCUGGAGCACACAAAUCCCUCUGAUGCAUUCCCAGCCUCCUCCCAUCUCGCUGCUGCAACACGUUGCGUUUGGCAGCCUUCUGACGACUUCCUCAGGAUUUUUCCUCCGGGGCUUGUGAUGACUGCUGCCUUUCUGAUCUCCUGGAAGGAGGAAGGAGUCUUUGAAGACUCGGAGUGGGAAGAUAGGUGUGGAGGGCAAGGCACGCACAGCGUGGUAGGAGUGGAGUAGGGUCCAAAAGUUCAAUGGCUCGUCCUUAUGGGACGGCUCUUCUGCUCUCUUUGGUUGGUGACCUGCCAAAAAUGGUGUCCUAGAAAUGUGCUAACGAUAAAGAAACCAGCGUGGCAAGCUCGGGAGUUUUAGCUCAAGCGUUAGGGUGUUGUUGCUGGUUGCUGUGUUGUUGUUUUGUUGUUGGUUUUUGUUUGCUUGGUUUUCUGUUCCUGGAGUUUGGACAGUCUUUACACAAACAAACACCCAACUUCUAGCCCUUGUGAGGAGAGCUCAGGGAUGCAAUCCAAGUCUGUACUGGCAGAAAACGUGUGUGGAAAUAGCUUUGUGUGGGGCACUUUGUGCAGGGCGCUUUGCCCCAUGCCCUGAAUCAGGGCUGUGAGCAGCAGUGGGUUUUCCUCUGAGAUAUCUGACUCCUGCUGAUCUGUGUGUGGUAACCGUAUGCAUGGAUUUCCCCUGUGCUCCUGAAUAUAAUGGCAGUGCUUAUGACUGUGUGGCUUUGUUUUUGACUUUAAAUGGAUGCAUGCUAGGUGUUCUUGAUCUUAUUUUUUCUCCUUCCUUCCGAGUUGUUCUGCUGACUUAAAGGACAGCUUAAAAUGCACUUAUUUUCAAAUUUUGCCAUUUGGAUGGCGCUUGGUUCUGCGUUUCAGCGUGAGUCAGUAUAUUGAAGAGGAAUAUAUUGUUGUGACCACCUUGUUCAGGAGGCCUGUAAAACGAGUUUGACUUGAAGUGACCAUUUGAACUUCACAAAGUGGUUUAAUCACACUGAAAAACUCGUUUCUUUUAAUUAAAAAAACAUACGUAAACAACUUCCCUGAUGUUUACAGCUUGUUCUUCCUUGUCUCUUUUUUAGGGAAUGAUUAGGCUGCUCCUAAACACUGGAUGCGCUGGAUCAAUGACCUGUCACUCCAGCAGGCAGAGCUGAGAAGACAUCGUCGCGAUGGCGAGCAGCAAUGUGGCACCUUCCCCAAACUCUCUCGUCUAGGGAAGCAUGUGCUCACUCCACAGCAACAAAGCCAAAUCUGUGGCUUUUUAAAUCACAGACUGUAACGUGGUCCAGUUGUCUCAGUGCCUGCUGAAAAAGACCUUUCUAUACCCUUAAAAGGGACUGCAAGACUAGCCUCAGCAGGAUUUAAGAUCUUCCUGGACACUUAACCCUAUCCAAGCCCACCAAGAUGAUUGACCUAAGCUUCCUAACAGAGGAGGAGCAAGAGGCGAUAAUGAAGGUGCUGCAACGGGACGCAGAGCUAAAAAAAGCUGAAGAGGAGAGAGUCAGGCAUUUACCAGAGAAAGUCAAAGAUGAUGUUCAGCUAAAGAACAUGAGCGGACAGUGGUUUUAUGAAGCCAAGUCAAAGAGGCACAGAGAUAAGAUCCAUGGAGCAGAUAUUAUCAGAGCUUCCAUGCGAAGGAAGCCUUCCACUGUUGCUGAAGCGAGUCAGAGCAAAUCAAACAAAGCAAAGAACAGCUGGGUGAGCAAUGUUAAUAAAGAAGUCGUUGUGCCACCAGAACUCCAUGGCAUUGUGGAACAUCAGGAAGAAGAAGAACUGAAGUCUAGUUCAAGUUCUAAAACAGUAACUUCUGGAUUAGACAAACCAGAGGGAAGAUCUACGAAGGCAGCAGUCUCGCCAGUAAAGCAAAGGAGAAACCCAUUUAAUUCCACUGUAUCAGGUGAUAACUUGAGCAGUGGAGAAUCAGAAAACAGACCAGACAUUCUACCUCAGCUAUCAAAGAAGGAAAUUUUGUCACCUUCAAUAGAGAGCCAACCUAAAACAAACGUACUGAGUGAUGAAACUGAGACACCUAAGAAGCCUUCUGUAGAACCUACGGAUGAGUCACAGAAUGGACUGGUUAAGCGUCCUAUCCCAAAAGCUAGAAAAUUAGUUCACAAAAUAACAGAUCCUGUGCCACAAAGAGAAGACAUUGUUCCAAAACCAGCCAAACGGACCCAGGGGGUUAAUGGAACUGGUAUACCUCCUAGGGGCAUUCUCAAACGCAGUUCAAGUUCCAGUUCCACUGACUCAGAAGUUCGUGUUAAUCAGAUGUUAGAAGUUCAGAGUAAGAAUAGUAUUCCUACUAAAACUAUUUUUGAAGGAGAAGUUGAGAAGAACACUCUUACGGAGGAAGUGGAAGAGUCCGCACAAAUUUCACUGGAAAAAUUAAAACAAGUGAGGUUUUCAUCUAGCAUAGGAAAAAGGGAAUCUCUGCAAAGCCCACAGAUCCAUCACAGCAAAGAAACAGGAGAACUUGAUUUGUUAGAAUCUGGUGAAAUAAAGACUAGUGAAAAUGAUGCUGUUGGAACAGACUCACUUGGAAAUAAGCAAACUUCCACUGUAAAGCCUUUGGGAACCCAUUCGUCAUCUGUACAUGUGAAAACACAUAGUUUACAGGAAGAUAAGUCUGCAUCCAGUCCUUGUGACACUAAUGGGUCAGUCUUCCUGGUUAAUAAAACGUUCCAAACAAAGAUCGUUACUCCUAAGAAACUUGAAACUCCACAGAAGACCUCCACCAAUAUCCUAUCAAAUAGCAAUAAAGAAUUGAGUGUUGAUGAGACAUGUGAAAAUAAAUCCAACCAGUCCAUGAGCCGUGAAUCAAAGUCGCUCAAAAACUCUACUGAUGAACACUUGCUUUCUGCUGAGACAAAAGCACAUGAGGUAUCAAACACCAAUUCUGCAGCUCUUCAACAAGGUAAGCCCAAUCUUGUUGAGGAACGAGAUGCUAAACACACUUUCGAGCCUGACAGACAUGCUGACGAAUUUGUGAAAGUGGCCGAUGAAUCUGUAUCAAAAGUCUUAGACUGGUUUAAAAGAAGUUCUGGUACUGAAGAUAGGAAACCUGUAUCAGCCAGAUCCCAAGGCAGGGAACUCAAAGAAGUUGGCUUUUCAACUGGAACAACAGUUCUUCCUACAGAAUACAGUGGAACUAGCAUGGAUGGAAAACCAGAAGUUAUAGAAGAGUUACCAUCUGGAAGGGAUAAACAACUGAAUGCUAUUUCACCCACAACAAUUAUUUCAGAAGAUAAACAGAUGACAAAAGAGAGGAGGAGACCUAAGCAGGGGGACGAGAAUGAGGAGCAAAAUGACAAAUCACUAACCGAGCCUGACUGUACAAGAAUCGAAGAUAAAGAAUUGGGUCAAGAAAUCAAGCAACAAAAUCAAAAAUCACGUGUCUUGGAACAUCAUGAACACAAGCUACCAGCUCAGAAAUAUGAAUUGGAGAAGGCGAUAAGAGAAAAAAGAAGAAUAAGGGAGAUUAGAGCAUUUUGGGAAAGGGAUAAAACUAUCCCCAGUCACAGAGAGAAAGAAGUUGGUAUCAAUACUAAUGCGUCAGGUGGUGGUGCCUUGAAAGGUCUCAGAGAAAGUGACAAAAUAAAGCCAACUGCAGAACACCUACCUUAUGGACUGGAUGAUCAGAGCAAGAAUACAUUAAGAAGUGCUGAACUGAGAUAUGCAAUUGUGGCUUCAAAAAAUGAAUGUCAAAACUCUUUUGAGUUUGGACAAGGCCGUGAAGUUAGAAAACCAGAAAGAACACUUCCAGCUGACGGUGAAAUUCAUGAAUCCACAAAAUUGGCAAAAGCCAGUAACAUAAAGCCUAGAGUUUCUGCCACUUCAGCUUCCCCAGAAAUUAAAAAUAAAGAUGGGAAAGAAACAUUUAAAGGAAAAGUUGGUGCUUGUUCCCAACAGAAGCCCAGCUUCCAGGUUUUUUCUUUAAAAGAAAAAAUGAGUGAGAAGUCCAAAAAUCAAAUUUCAAAUUCUUCACAGUUUCAGAGUUUGAGAAACUUCUGGGAUGCUGGAGUUAAAUUACAGAGUAGCAUUGACAGGAGAGAUGUUUCUUUGCCAAAUAAUACUGUUAAUAAUAAUACUUCAAUAACCCACCAAAAAAAAUCAAAGGAAGAUAAGGGCAGAGAUAAUGUGAGCAAGCAAGUGUUAAUCCAACAUCAAACACAAGCCUCUGAGAGAGAAAAAACAGAGAAAUUAGAUUCUGUGAUAUGUGAACUGCCUCUAGGAUCUCUUACCUUAAAAGGUAUGAAGGUAACACACACACAAAACACAGACUCUGUCCAGUCAGUCAAAAAGCCAGUUAUCUCUCAACCCCAGGAACAGAUGGGUCUUCACAAGCACGAAGUUAAAGGACAUAUAGAAAAAAGUAUUGCUUCAUCAAAAGAACAUCCUCUCAGAGGAUCUCAGAAGAUGCAAGCUGGUUUGCAGAACCUGCUCAGAGAAACCUCUGUAUGUCAACCUUCUGAAUUAAGGGUAGGAAUGAAAGCAUCUGAAACAGUGAAUAAUAUAUCACAAACUAAUUGUAGUGGAGAAUCAAUAUGCCAACAAGAUACCAGUCAGUCUGAAGAGGUCAAUGAGACCGCAGAGAGGUCUGUUGCCCCAUCCAAGGUCAGUGCCUUGAGUUCAGCUUUAGAGAAACUGAUGAAGGAGGCCUCUGAAACACCACCUCCUAAACCAAAACGUGUGGACAGGACGUUACAGAAGACUGCUGAGAUACAAGUUAAAAGCACGACCUAUCAGCAUGAUGGAGAGUCACUGCAGGAAAUCAGUGAGUCCACAGAGAGGUCUGUAGCCCCAUCCAAAGUCAGUGGCUUGAGUUCAGCUUUAGAGAAGCUGCAGAAGGAGGCCUCUGAAACACCACCUCCUAAACCAAAGCGUGUGGACAACACAUUAUAUGGGACUGCAGAGAUGCAAGUUAAAAACAUGACCUAUCAGCGUGAUGGAGAGUCACUGCAGGAAAUCAGUGAGUCCAUAGAGAAGUCUGUAGCCCCAUCCAAAGUCAGUGGUUUGAGUUCAGCUUUAGAGAAGCUGCUGAAAGAGGCCUCUGAAACACCACCUCCUAAACCAAAACGUGUGGACAGCACAGUACAGAGGACUGCUGAGAUGCAAGUUAAAAACACGACCUAUCAGCAUGAUGGAGAGUCACUGCAGGAAAUCAAUGAGUCUAUAGAGAAGUCUGUAGCCCCACCCAAGGUCAGUGGUUUGAGCUCAGCUUUUGAGAAGCUGCUGAAGGAGGCCUCUGAAACACCACCUCCUAAACCAAAACGUGUGGACAACACAGUACAGAGGACUGCUGAGACGCAAGUUGAAAGAACUACCUAUCAGCAUGAUGGAGAGUCACUGCAGGAAAUCAGUGAGUCCAUAGAGAAGUCUGUAGCCCCAUCCAAAGUCAGUGGUUUGAGUUCAGCUUUAGAGAAGCUGCUGAAAGAGGCCUCUGAAACACCACCUCCUAAACCAAAACGUGUGGACAGGACGUUACAGAGGACUGCAGAGAUGCAAGUUAAAAACACGACCUAUCAGCAUGGUGGAGAGUCACUGCAGGAAAUCAGUGAGUCCAUAGAGAAGUCUGUAGCCCCACCCAAGGUCAGUGGCUUGAGUUCAGCUUUAGAGAAGCUGCUGAAGGAGGCUUCUGAAACCCCACCACCUAAACCAAAACGUGUGGACAGGACGUUACAGAGGACAGCUGAGGUGCAAGUUAAAAGUGUGACCUACCAACUCAAUGGAGUGUCAUUGCAGGAGAAGACCGGUGAGACCACAGAAACAUCUGCACUGUCCAAGGCUGAAUAUAAACUACUUGAUGUUAACUUGCAAAAAUUACUGAAAGAGGUCUCUGAAACACCAGCUUGUAUGCUGGAGAACAUGGAUGAAAAGAUGCAAGGUAAAACGUCAGCCAGUCAAAGUAUGUGUCGUCCUCCUCAAGAAGAGAGAGAUCACCCUCAAGAAAUAGAAGAAACGAUAGAAAAAUCUUCUGUUUCAAAUAUUGCAAAAUUCAGAGAUUUCAGUAGCUCAUUAGAAAAACUCCUUCAAGAAGCAUCUGAAGCUUCAUCUCCGGUAUCACGAGAGGUACAUAAACAAGAGAAGUCUAGGGAUCGUAUGUUUCCAUUACAAAAAGAGUCUCUGUUCACGACAAUGUCACAGCCUUAUCAUAAUGCUUUAACUACUUAUCAUACACAGAAGACAACUAUCAAGAGUGGAGCUCCUGAACAGAAUAUUGAGGCUUCAGUAGAUAUUGAAGCUUCUGACCUACUUAAAAGAAAUGGGGCUUUUAAUCAAAAAGAACAGAGAAACGUGCCUCCAAUAGAUCUCCUUCCCCUGGAAGGAGAGACUAAUACAGCUGUGAGCAAGACAUUCAAGGUAAAUGGCAUAGGAAGGACAGAUGAAAGCACAUCCUCGGAUGCCUCUGAAAAUAAUUUAGAAUUAAAAGAACUGUUGCAGUUGAGAAGAACAAGCACACCUCUUAAAGAUGAGAGCAAUUCCCCCCAGCCAGGAGGAGCUCGACUCUGCCUGGCCUUUCAGCAUGAGGAUAAUGAUGAAGAUGAUGGUGACAGCUCAAAUUUGGGAUCCAGGUUUUCAGAUGAAAACUCUGAUUCCUGUUCUGGAACCGGUAGUUCAACUCGUUCAGAAGAAUUAAAUCCUGUUUUGAUGGCUUUGAAAAGGAGUGCAGAUAGGAAAAUGCCUUCCAAAAGUCUAGAGGACAUUCCAUCAGCCACCUCAAAUAAAGGAAAAAUAAAUAUUCCAAAGGAAGAAUUAGCUCUUAGUGCUGAAGAUGGUCUGAAAACUGAUCAGGAUCAAGAGAGGAAUGAAAAUGCAGCAGGAAUCUCCACAGUGCCUCCGCAGCCUGAUAAGCUGUUUUCCAAUCCUGAAAAACUCAAAGGACUGAGCAAGUCAGUACCAUCGUUCCUGCAGGAAGAGAGUGAUGACAGAGAGACAGAUACAGCAUCAGAAAGCAGUUAUUCCCUUGGCAGAAUCAAGAAGAGUCCCAGCUCUCUAACCAAUCUUAGCGGUUCUUCUGGCAUGGCCUCCUUAUCCUCUGUGAGCGGAAGCUUAAUGAGUGUCUAUAGUGGAGACUUUGGCAAUGUUGACGUGAAGGGGAACAUUCAGUUUGCUAUUGAUUACGUAGAACAGCUGAACGAGCUCCACAUCUUUAUUUGCCAGUGUAAAGACUUGGCAGUGGCAGAUGUCAAGAGGCAACGUUCAGACCCGUAUGUGAAGACCUACCUGCUUCCAGAGAAAUACAAGCUGGGCAAACGGAAGACCUCUGUGAAAAAGAAAACUUUUAAUCCGGUCUAUAAUGAAAUACUGCGGUAUAAAAUUGAGAAGGAUCUACUGAAGAACCAAAGCCUUAAUAUCUCUGUCUGGCACAACGAUACCUUUGGGAGGAAUAGCUUCCUUGGUGAAGUAGAGCUGGAUUUAGGAACUUGGGACUGGAAUGAUAAAUCCAACAAGCAGAUCAACUGGUUUCCACUCAAGCCAAGGACUUCAACAAUGGCUCUGGAACUAGAAAACAGAGGGGAGAUGAAACUAGCCCUCAAGUAUGUUCCACAACCUGCUGGAGGAAAGAAGACUCUGUCCACUGGUGAGGUCCACAUCUGGGUGAAGGAAUGCCAUGACCUUCCUCUUCUGAGGGGCAACAGGCUCAACUCUUUUAUCAAGUGCACCAUUCUUCCAGAUACUAGCAGAAAAAGUCGCCAGAAAACAAGAACAGUGGCAAAAACUACAAACCCAGUAUUCAACCAUACCAUGGUCUAUGAUGGCUUUAGACCAGAAGAUUUGAAAGAAGCCUGCAUAGAACUCACAGUCUGGGAUCACAACAAACUAGCCAACCACUUUCUGGGAGGUCUCAGGAUAGGCCUUGGAACAGGCAGAAGCUAUGGAACUACAGUAGACUGGAUGGAUUCCACUUCAGAUGAAAGUGCCCUGUGGGAGAAGAUGAUGAACUUGCCAAACACAUGGGUAGAAGAUACGCUACCUCUGAGGAUGCUAAUGGUUGCAAAACUGACAAAAUAAGGUGGCUUUUGAAUUGCUAGUGUCAAAAAGACAACUUGGGAAUGAAAUUAAAAGGUGUGGGGGUGAAACUUGGAAGAGACACACAGCAGCUCUUUGAUAGUCUCUGUUCUGUUGCUAUUCUGUUCUCGUGCUGUCAAAUGUCACUGCAUAUUCCAAACUAAAAUUCUGCCCUCAGAUGAUUAUGUAAAUUUAAGGGCUUCUUUUAUUUCUUAUUCAGUGAAAAUGUAUUCAAGUAAGAACAUACUUAGAGAAUUCAGAGGUAGAGGUAGCUGUGAUACUUGAAUGCUUGUGUUGUCAAACUGAGGUGUUGCUGAUUCCUUAAAGCUAAAUUGCCAGGGGAAAAAAAAAAAAAGGAAAAGCAAGUAAAUUCUUUCUGUAUACUUGGAUUGUUUGUGAGAUGAUGUUAUUAGUAAGAUAGCAACAGGUUGCAUUUUGUUCAUGCUCAUUAGCACGUUUCUCUGGCUGAAUCCUCAUCAUGCUAUAUUGGAUCUCUCCAGCUAGGAAUACGAGUGUGCAGAUUUUUUUAAAGUCCCUUUGUCUGUAGUUACACAUUUCUAUGAUCUGAAAGUUGCUUCUGUAAUGAAAGAAGCACUACACGAAAUGGUACUGUUGAUGCCUUACUCUGCAAGGCAUAGAGGACUGUUAAUUCCAAUGUACUAUGAAAAGUUGGGGUUAUAAAGUUUGCUUCUAUAUUUGUUAAUUACCUUGCUAGUAUAUUGACGUUCCUUUUAAAUGCUGAAGUCACAGAGGUCAAACGUUUUCAUUCAAAUGCUAUUCCAAAGGAUCUAAACUUGCCAGUUUUACUAAUGACGAAUGUUGGGUAUUUAUUUUUGUAAAGUGUACUCAUUUUCUGUACCUAUACCUAUUAUUAGCUUGUAUUUUUGCAAAAGGUAAUUUAUCUGUUCUUCAGCGGCACCGUUAGGAGAACGCCGGGAUUAUGGUGGUCUGGGUUUAGAUAGCUUUGCAGCAUGUGAAAUGGAAUUUGUCACGUGUGGAAAUGCGUACCACUGAAGGAAGAUAAAUGCAUAAAUUACAAAAUGUAUUACUUUUUUUUUAAAUAAAAGCAGCCUUAUUAAAG